GUCUGCCUACUUCGAAACGAUAAAUAUCAAAACACAAGUACAUUUUCACUCGUACAAAUACUAGUAAUAAUUUUCAUGGAAAUUGUUGGCAGUAACGGUGGUGAUCAUGGCGGCGCCACCCAUCAGCCGUUACCGUUGCCGUUAUCUUCCUCUUCACCGUCGGCGUCGUGGAGGCUGAAUAUAGGGGAGUUUCGUGUCCCUGAAAAUGGCACUGGUGAUCAUCGUCAAUCUUUCAGUUUACGUCGACUCUUGCGUCGCCCUUCUAAAAAACAAGGCAAAGUAGCUGAAUAUUACGAGAAGCAAGAAAGGUUGCUUGAAGGGUUCAAUGAGAUGGACACUGUUCAUGAAUCUGGCUCUUUACCUGGAAGUUUAACUGAGGAUGAAAUGAAGCAGCUUGCUAAGAGUGAAAGGAUGGCAAUUCAUGUAUCAAACAUAGCAAAUGUGAUUCUUUUCAUUGCAAAAAUCUAUGCAUCUAUUGCAAGCAGAUCUUUGGCUGUGAUUGCAUCAACUUUGGACUCUCUCUUAGACUUAUUGUCUGGAUUUAUUCUGUGGUUCACUGUUUAUGCUAUGAAAAAACCAAACCAAUACCACUAUCCAAUUGGUAAAAAGAGAAUGCAGCCUGUGGGUAUUAUUGUCUUCGCAUCUGUGAUGGCAACUCUUGGAUUACAAAUACUAUUUGAGUCUGGUAAGGAACUCAUAUAUAAGUCUCGUCCUAAUACGGAUCCUGAGAAGGAAAAAUGGAUGAUUGGGAUUAUGGUCUCUGUCACUGUGGUAAAAUUUCUGCUGAUGUUGUAUUGUCGAAGAUUCAAGAAUGAAAUUGUAAGAGCCUAUGCUCAAGACCAUUUCUUUGAUGUCAUUACCAACUCAGUUGGAUUAGUGACUGCAGUUUUAGCAAUUCGUUUCUGCUGGUGGAUUGAUCCCAUGGGAGCUAUAUUGAUAGCACUAUACACAAUUGGCACAUGGGCAAAGACAGUAAUCGAAAACAUGCGAUCACUCAUCGGAAGAACAGCUCCACCAGAAUUUCUGGCGAAAUUGACAUAUCUUAUAUGGAAUCAUCACAAAGAGAUAAAGCACAUUGAUACUGUGAGAGCAUACACAUUUGGUGCAAAUUACUUUGUGGAAGUUGAUAUAGUUUUGCCAGAGGACAUGCUUCUAAUCCAAGCACAUAAUAUUGGUGAAACAUUGCAAGAAAAAUUAGAGCAGCUUCCUGAUGUUGAGAGAGCUUUUGUGCAUGUUGAUUUCGAGUUCACUCAUAGACCAGAGCACAAGACUAUGGUCUAAUGACAUAAAUAAACUAGGUCGUAAUUAAUAAUUAAAAAUUUGUUUGAGCUUCAACUUUAUUUUUUGGACACUGUUUCCUUGCACCUAGAGUAGUAACUUACCAAAAAAAAAAAAAAAGGUUCUUUUAUGUGGAGAACCCAACAAUGUUGAAACUUGUUGAAUUUGCAUUCUCAAAAUUCAUGUUAACCUAAAUGUUUAUUUUUAACUCA